AAUGUUGGCGGACGUCGAUGUUUUCCUAACAAACUACACAAUAGUUGAUCCCGAAAUCUAUGGAUUAUGGAUAGAAGGAUACACGUCCACCGAGGCCGUUUGCUAUCUGAAGCAAAAAGGAUUUGGCCAUUUAAUGGGUGUCCACAUCGAUUUGAUAACAUCUGAUGUCUUGGAUCAUUACCGUACAUAUUCGUUGAUAGAACGUCUGCUGCAUAGUCCCAUUAAAUUGGUCGAACAAUCAUGUUUUCAAUUGCAGCCCGAGACACGCGAUCUAAUCAUUGAAAAGUAUUACUCCAUUGAUGAUGCCGUGGCCAGAGAAAUAUUGGGUAAAAAAUUAUCAUCACGCUAUCGCAAGGAUUUGGAUGAGGUUGCCGAAAAGACGGGUGUUAAAUUGAAAUCUGUUAGGCGUCAAUUUGAUAAUGUCAAGCGUAUCUUUAAGGCCGUAGAGGAAUUACCCGGCAACAUAACAAAUAAUAUUAAGCAAUUAUUUUCCAUAUCAGAGGAGUUGGCGAAAAAAUAUGCCUCCAUUGUCUUCUUGGCCUGUUUACGUUUUGAAACGUCCAAGAAAAAAUUGCAAUAUUUAAGUUUUAGUGAUUUGUUUGCAUGCUCUCAAGCGGUUAUGAUCUAUUGGACCUAUACGUAUCAGCACACCGGACCCGAAUAUUAUGAUACGGAAAUGGAUAAGGAAUUCCUACUAGACCUAAGGGAACUCCGAUGUUUACUGGACAAGGAAAAGGAAAUAAAACAUUUGGUAUGCUUGCGUUUGAAACCCAUACUCUUGGAGCGGGCUUUUCAUGAAUUGGAUAAUAAUUUUCGAUCAUAUUGGCGCUCCCUAAUCAGCAUUGCCUGCAAUCUACAUCGCACACGAGAAUUGCGUGACCUAUAUGUCGAUUUGUGUGAAAAAUUAGUAGAACCAUGGCGUCAAAAUGCCUGGGCCCGGGAACACGUGAAUAAAUUUUUGGCUGCCAUAACGCAAAGUGUUUUGGAUUUGGAAAUAUCAAGAGAUCAAGAGACUCGCUGCCUAUGGGAUCGUUAUAUGCAAGUUAUCAGUAUAUGUUUGGACAAAAUGUAUCAUGUCUAAGUAAUAUGUUUUUUAAUU